CACAACUUCAACUCUCGUUGCCCCAUCCUCUUGUCCAAUCCUUUAAUUUAGGUCGUGUGCAAACACCCCAAUCUCUCACAAUGGCCGGCCUCGCAAACGUUAUCUACUCGACCUUCAUGCGCAAGAACACUGUUCUCCUGACCACUGCUUUUGCCGGCGCCUUCGCUUUUGAGCUUGCCUUCGAUAUUACCUCCAACAAGGUCUGGGACAGCUGGAACCAGGGCCGCCAAUGGAAGGACAUCAAGCACCGUUAUAUGGUUAAGGAGGAGGAUGACGAGUAAACGGACUUGCCGAAAGUGAUGUUUGGUAUAUUUUACCGCCG